UAAUGAAUGACGAGAGAAUACUUCUUCUUCAUGUUUUCCUUCUCUAUUUCAUAACCGCAGAAGUCUACAAGAUUGCUGCUUCCGGACUUAGAAUUGAAGGGACUCCUGGGGUGUUUUGCUCGAGCCUACCAGCAAUUUGUUAUGGUGGGGGGGGGGGGGGGAAUAACACUCUAAAGAGAGUGAUUAAUCACGCCUUCAUAAUGGUUCAUUCAAUACGACAAGCAAAGCCCUUUGGUGAUGAAGGUUAUGAACGUUCAGUUUGGACAUAAGGAAAUGAAAGCCAUCAGCGCCAAACUCUUUGGUAAAGAUGUCAAUCAGCUGCAAGUGAGAGCUAACUUUGAGAAGAAAAAUAUCACUGAACUGAACACGUUCACGAAAAUAGUAAGUUUAGGGUUCUCUUGGAAUACGACCGAGCCACUUUACUACAACCUAGCUAGGUUAUGUUUGGCUUAGUUAGGAUUGAAUAGAAAGUGUGCAUCGACUUAUAAAUUUAAAACUCGAUCACGCAGGCGAAUCGGUAACGAGUUUCUCCACCAGUGUGAAAGUAUCAUAGAAGUAAAUCUCUACAAUAUGCAUGCAUCCUUUUGCCACAACUCGAGCCUUGUAUCACUCAAUAUUGUCGUCAUGAUGAUACUUGAUCUUAAAACUCAUUUCAAUAUGAUCCUGCACUUCCCAUCUAGGAGAUGAACAAGCCUUCAUGUCCCAUUGAGCUGAAGGCUAGUGAGGUUCUUGCAAAGUUUCACGAAACAAUGCGUCUCAAUAUGAUUGGUAACUACAGCAAGAAAAGCCUUAUAAGUGUGAUUGAGAUUAUCAUAAGAAAUAAAAACGAAGAGAGGGUUGUGAAGAGCAGCCGAAGUACUUCCUGUGGCAUUUGGCAUAGGGUCGACAAGAGGAACAAAACUGGUAUCACAAAUUCCAAGAUGUUGAGGGCGAUUCCAAACUCGGUUUCUGGGACGAGAAGCGGGAAACGUGGGCUCCUGGGAAGCAGGAGGCCCAGCGAAGGGCCCAGAGUCAGUGUCUCAUGAGCCGGGCUUGGAAGGGAGGACCGGUGAACUUGGGUUGGAUGAGUUGGGCAAGGUAGGUGAUGACGUCCUAGCAGGAGAACUACGAGACAUAACAAACGACCUAGAAUUGGGCCUAAGGUCGCCAAGGAUGACAUCAUCCAAUCCAAUCCAAGUCCUCGGCUAGCUGAGAAAAAUGGGUCGUGGAAUCCAAUGGAGAUGGAGGCAUUGCGACACGAAGGACUGAAAUGGGAACUGAACUUCAUGAAAAAGGAUAGUUCUUAAAACAUGUUACUCUUCUGGCUGGAGGCAUAAUCAAUGAACACGCAUGUACACCCUCGCUCAGCAAACUUUUCCAGCAGACUAGUACUGGAACUAGGGCGGCAAACAGGGGCGGACCCACUUUUGCUUAAGGUGUGUCAAGUGACACAUCUUGAUUCGAAGUUUUUGUGAAGAACUCACAAUUUGUUAGUGUAAAAAAUUUGAAUAUGAAACCUUCAACACACAUUCAAUAAUUUUAACCGAAACAUCUUGAUUCGAAAUUUUUGUGAAGAACCCACAAUUGUUUAAGUAAAAAAUUCGAAUAUGGGAUCUCCGACACACAUUCAAUAAUUUUAACCGACACACCUUAUUACAUUAGAAAAAUGUUGUCGUAAUGUUAUUAAAAUAUAUAAAUAUAAGAGUUAUCGGACUUCAGAUUCAGUAGUUAAUUAGUUGGUUGCAUAAGAGUAAAAAUUAAUUGACUACUUAGUGCGUAGUGAGUAUUUACAAAGACAUCCAUCCACAUAGAGACAACAUCGAUAAUUUGAAUGAGAAUUAAAUUGAUUAAUAAGCUGGUUGAGUCAAAUAAUUAGAUAGUGAAUUUUCAACUUACUUCUUAAUUAGUUGGUGUCUUUCCCCAUUGCUUCUUUCAUAGAUUUUUCUUUAAGUUAAUUUUCAACUACUUUCUAGUUUUUUUAUUUCUUUCCACGUUGACGCCUGUAGCCACCCUUCAAUCGUCUGCGUUGAGCCAACGACAUCCUUAUGCUCAUUCAAAUUUCCACGUUGACACAUGUGACCACCCUUCGAGCUUCUCAUACCAAAUUUCUCAUCUUAAAUUAGUAUUGACUUUAACUGCAAGCUACAAAAUGACAUUUUCCAUAUGAGUUUAAUCGAGAACAAUCUUUGGUAUAAAUUGAGUGACCAGUUUAUGAAUAAUUGUUUAAUUUUUUACAUACAAAAUACUUUAUUUGCAACCUAAUGGACAAAUGUAAUUAAGAAAUCUUUCAAAAUAUGAAAACUCAUCGUGGUUCACUGUAAGAAAUAAUGAAAUUGGUGAAAUCUAUGAAUAAAAUUUGUCUGUUUAUUUUAAACUAGCGUGGGCCCGGCCAUUUGGCCGGAGAAAGGUGAGGUAUGAAAUUUGAUAAUGUAAUGGGGUGUAUAGCUUAUUGUUGUAUAGUUUUUUUGGGAAACACGUGAUAAAAUAGUGAAUGUUAGUAGGAAAGAUACAUGAAUUAUGUAACGAAUCAAAAAUCAGCCUUAUGAACCAAAAUCAUGUACCUAUUACCUUGUGAAAAAUAUUGUUUCUGGUAAUAUGAUGAGGUGGAGUGAGUUUUAUAGAACUGAAUUCCAGAAAAUCGAAUGAAAAAUUGCUUAUCGCGCCGGUUUUAGGGAAAUGAGCAUCUCACAAUCGUUGCUAGCUUUUACUCGGCCUAUUGGCUGAUUAAUUUGCUUUAAAAAACUUUCAUCUUGUCAUCAUUGUGAUUUCUGGUUUUUUGCCAAGCCAUGAUAAAAUCUAAAGAAAUCAAGAAUGAACAACACGAUUUGGGAUAGGAACCACCGUUCCUGUAUCCCUAGAAAAUGGUGGUAAACACGGACACACCUGCCAAACUGGUUUGGAUUGAGAUUUUUAUCGGGUAUCAGGGAACCAUGUGAUUAUAAAUUAGACUUGAUCAAAACGGGCCAAAACUUGAAAUUCAGCAUGUUUAACCGACUCAUGCCAAACUCUAAUUAUUCUUUACUUUUAAACUUUCUAUCUGAAAAUAAAAAAUAAUGAAAGAAAAGAGAUGACUGCAAUUCUCCAUUUGCACAUCACCGAUUUGGGAAUAAAACUAUAGAAUUUCGAAAGGAAACUGAAAAUGUUUAGGAUCGUUUUAAUGUUAAAAAUAACCAAAAUAGAUCUUUCUGUUUAGUUUUUUACUAUCAAAUACCAAACGAUUCCCUAUAAUUUACACUAUAAUUUAAUCAUUAUGAUAUCAAAUAAUUACAUAAUAUAUAUUUGAAAUGAUAAAAAUUGGACUAAUUGGGUUGGUCCAGGUUGAACCAUUGAAUCACUUUAAAAUACAUUAUAUUUUAGCCACUAAGAUAUAAAAUAAUAGCAUAAUAUAUAUUAUACUAGAGAAAAUAGUUUGUUUUAGAAUGGCAAACCCAUGAUGUUCAUUUGUUUUACUUGAUGGGCAAAUCCCGCGUAGGUCAGGCCCAUUCAACUCUUUUAUUUUAUGAUUAGCGGUUAGCCCAUUAGAAUCCAUGCAUUAGUUUAUUGUUAAAUUUUUUUCUUUUUAGCAAUAAAAAGGAGUAUUGUUUUUGCCUUUUCAUAUAUAUUUUACCACCACGGAGAAAUGAAAGGAGUUAAAGGAAAAAAUUGACACUCCUGGACCCAUUUAAAUCUGCAUGCGUACGGUAAGUUGGCCCGUUCCACAGAGGAAAAAGAAAAAAAAUUGACACUCUCUAUUCUACCCUUCCUACAAACGCUAAUGGAGCAGGAAAUUUGAAAUGGGGGAAGGAUUUUUUCCUCUCUGCCAUUAUAUGUUUUUAAUUUAAAAAGAUACAACAAAUGUACUUAGUGUGAUUGGUUAUGAUCUUUGUUUUUCUUUAAAUUGGUCAUGGUUCAAAUUCUAGUAAGUGUCUUUUUAAUGAAAAAAAAAAAAGAAAUUGUGAAGACCAAAAUAUCCUUCCUAUUUUCACUCUGGAUGCAGGAAAUUUGAAAUAGGGCUUCAAGUUUUCUCAUUUGGCUUUUAUUUAUUGUGUAGAUUAAUUAAUGUUAAUUAAUUUGUUUUUAAUCUAAUUUUAUUGGUCGACACACCUAUCCCAAAAUCCUGGGUCCGCCACUGGCCGCAAAUGAGUCGAACUGCUCGCGAGCGGCUCGGCGCUCGACUCGAGAAAAGUUUUUCGAGACUCGGCUUAUUUAUUAACGAUCCGAGCAUGAGCUAAGUCUUGUUAAACUCGUGAAGCUCGCGAGCUAGCUUGACUCGGUGGCUUGUUGAGUUAAACUCGUGAGCUGACUCAUUUAGAACUCAUGAGAUGUCUCACCAUUUGUCUAGAGAGCCAACUUGAUUACCGACUUAUGUGUGAAUCGAUCUAUAUCUUAUGAGUUUAAUUAGUAUGAUUGUUAAAUUAUAUAUCUCACCUAUAUGAAGUUUAACACACUGAGUAUGUGAGCAAAUAUAUAUUAUUUUUUAUAUAUCACAUAUUACUUUGAUACUGUUAAAUAACAUAAUUUGGACUAGUUAAAAGUGAUUAGCUACAUAAUAUGAUACCAACAAAGUAGAAUAUGAAAUUAGUUAAUAUUGAGCAUUUGACUAUUUUUUUUCAUCGUGACAUCAAUCACAUGUAUCAUACAUGACAUUCAAAAUGAGCUAUCAAAUACGACUCAAUAUUUUACUAAACAAGUCUAGCUCGAGCUCAACUCUACUCAUCUCGUUAAUAAAUGGCUUGAGCUCGAGCUCAGCUCGUUUGUUAACGAGCCAAGCUUAAGCUGAGGUAAAACUCGACUCGGCUCGGCUCAUUUGCUACCCUAACUGGAGCAAACCGCACUGAAUGCAUUGUCGGUUUGCUUCUUGAUUCUAAAAUAUCUUUCAAUAUUGGACUGCGGUUCUCGUGAAAUUAGGUUGAUCUGGACCGAAUCGAACAGUUGCCCACCCUUCGCACCUAGGACUACAAAUGAGUCGAUUCCAGCCAAGUUUUUAACCUAAGUCAGGUUCAACUCGUUUAUAAACUAGUCGAGUUUGAUGUUGGCUUGUUUACUAAAACCAGAUCUUGUAUAUGGCACGAGUUCGACUCGAACUCGGCUCAUCGAUUAUAUCGUGAUAUUAGCUCGAGCUAAUUAAGGUAUUAUAUCACUUAGUUGAUUAGUGUUAUAAUUUUUUAUUUUCAUAUCAUGUAAUAUAAUGUAAUAGUAAUUACUAAUUCGUAUCUAAGCAAUAUAUGAUAUAUAUAAUUCUCUUUUAAAUUAUGAAUGAGACAUAUUUGAUCACGUGCUCAAAUUCUUAAACAUCAUGUGUGGGGAGAUAUUUAAUCUAACAAACUUAUGAAUUAUCA